AUGUCUCUUAUCGCACAUGUUGAUCAUGGAAAAUCGAUACUAACAUAUUUACUUGUAUACAACGUGGGUAUUAUUGUUCAACAACGACCUGACGAAAUACGUUUAACCGACACCCCUUACUUAUUAUGGAUCGUAAAAAAAGGUGAAUAUAUGCAAUUACUUGAAAAAUUAUAUAUUCGAUUACAAGAUUAUGAUCGUGAUAAAUUAGAAGAAGUUGGUGACUCAUUAUUAAAACUUGUUAUGCAACAAUCGUUAUCAGCUGGUGAUAUUCUUCUUACAAUAAUUGCUAUUCAUUUAACAUCAUCUAUUGUAGCACAAUAA